AUGCUUGGUGUUCUGAGUGAGAGGAAAGACUCGUCCACGAGUUUGCUCGAGGCGUCGCCUGAUUUGCUUAGACAUUCAGUAUACGAUUUUUGGAGCGUAAGCACGUUCCCGUUCCGAUCCCGACUUUUUGACACGUGGUUCAACUCCAAUUCGGACGAUGGAUAUCGAGAUGUACCACAUCCUGGAGCUGCAGCUGUCGUUAAAAAGUAUUUUCAUGUAGAUGAUAUGCUGGCAGGAUCACACACAAUAGAAGAAGGGAAGCAGCUAUGCAAAGACGUGCUAGAGCUUCUGAAAGAGUAUGGGUUCAACCGCGGGAAGUGGAAUACAAACAAUCCAGCGAUUCUUGCUGAAAUUCCUCCCGAUCUAAGAGACGAGCGCAAAGUUCUUGAUCUGGACGAAAAGACUACCGUGAAGACACUGGGUCUCACAUGGGAACCGGCAGCAGAUAAGUUUUGGAUCAAGGUUCCCCACUGGAAACCUGAAGGGCAUGAAGGGCACCCAUCGGAUUGUGUUAUCCGAAAUAGCACGCCUGCUAAAUACACAUGGGAUGAGCUGCUGUGCAACGAUCUACAUUCGCGUUGGUUAGAUUUCAGAGGCAAUGCAGCUGAUUUAGACGCGGUAUCAGUUCCACGGUGGAUCGGCUUUGGUAAAGACGUGAUCACUUGUGGACUCCAUGGGUUCAGCGAUGCUAGCGACAAGGCCUACGGAGCUGUCGUCUACUUACGCUGUGUGAACAUGGACGGAAGAAUAAUGGUCAAUUUGAUGAUGGCCAAGUCAAAGGUUGCACCAUUGGAAAACCUCAGCCGCAGCAAGAAGAAACAAUCCACACCUGGCCUUCUGGAGAUUUCAGCGCCUGAUUUCUUUUGGACGGAUUCAACGAUCAUCAAGUAUUGGAUCUCGUCGCACCCAUCGAGGUGGCAAGUCUUCGAUAGCAAUCGUGUGUCGGAGAUUCAGCAUGCCACGAAAGGUGGCGUCUGGAAUCACGUUCCGGGGAUUGAAAAUCCGGCCGAUAUCAUAUCGCGAGGAGCCACACUGGCGCAGAUAAUGAAUAAUUCUUUACGGUGGCAUGAACCGGAUUGGCUCAGAAAAGAUAUUAGUAAUUGGCCUAAAAAUAUGCUGGUCCCCGAGCAGCAAUUUGACUCGGUAACUCUGGACGAGAGACCACUUGUGUCCGCAGCGCUUCAAGCUCUUCCUCCAAGUGAUGUAUUCACACUUCGUUCUUCUUUGUUGAACCUUGUUCGACUGACCGCCUGGAUACGUCGAUUUUCUACCAAUUGUCAACAAGGAAACAGCCAGCAACGGAGGACAGGAUCACUGAGUGCUGAUGAACACAACUCGGCGCUGCUAGCGUUGGUGAAGCUAGCCCAAUCGGAAUGCUUUCCACUAGAAUUGGCAGAUAUUCUGGCUAAAAAUGAAGUAAGACCAACUUCAAAAUUACACAAUCUUCACCCUGUUAUGACCGAUGGGAUAAUCUGUGUUGGUGGCCGGCUCGGAAAUGCUCCGAUCUCACCAGGUCACAGACAUCCAAUGAUCUUGGAUAGCCAUCACCCGUUAACUAAGCUAAUUCUGAUUGAUUAUCAUCAUCGACUACUUCAUGGAGGACCUCUGUUGAUGAUAGCGUGCGUUCGUGAAAGAUUUUGGCCGCUGAGCGUCCGGAAUCUCGCCAGGAGGGUCCUACACGAGUGCAUUAGGUGCUUUAGAGCAAGGCCACGCGUGCAUGAGCAGUUGAUGGGAGACCUUCCACUCGAACGAGUGUCACCAGCGCCUGCAUUCCAGCGCGUCUGCAUAGAUUAUUGCGGUCCGUUCGAGCUUCAACCGGCAACUCGGAAAGGUGCACCGGUCAAGUGCUACCUGUGUCUGUUCGUAUGUUUAGCCUGCAAGGCCGUGCAUAUAGAGGUCGUUAUGGAUCUCACCAGCAAUGCUUCCAUAGCCGCACUCAGGAGGUUCACCGCAAGGCGUGGAUGGCCAGUCCUGAUACUUUGCGACAACGCUACCAACUUUGUUGGAGCGCGAAGACAAUUGUACGAGCUACACAACAUUUUUCGGCAAGAUCAGUUCCAGGAUCGAGUUUCAACGGAAGCGGAUUCAAUUGAGUUUAAGUUCAUUCCCGCCAGAUCUCCCAAUUUCGGCGGCUUGUGCGAAGCCUCAGUGACGUCGGUAAAAGGACAUAUGCGAAGAGUAAUCGGAAACAGAAUGCUGAAGUGCGAUGAAAUGCAUACGUUUGUCGCACAGAUUGAAGCUUGCCUUAAUUCGAGGCCGUUAACUCCAAUGAGCAACGAUCCUACGGAUUUGGAGAUUCUAACGCCGGGGCACUUCCUCAUCCAGCGACCGCUCACUGCAGUGCCUGAACCAAAUAUCAGCGAGCUGCCAGAGAAUAGGCUCACCAGAUGGCAGCGGGUUCAGCAAUACAGCCAAGUGAUCUGGAAACGGUCGACGGAUUAUUUAUCAAAUCUACAGAGUCGUAGUUAG